AUGGCGUCGUACAAACAAAAUCUGCCGCCGUCGGCUCUCGUUCGAGAGCACGCGACUGUAGCGGACAAAAAGUCAAAAGCGGAAGUGCAGAGAGAUCGGCAAUUGGAGGUUGAACAAUAAUUGUGUCUGGAAUCAAACCCUAAUUGUAAUAAUUUUAGGAAGAUCGAAAAGCAGGAACAGCGCCAGCUAUGGUUGACGUUCAAACAGGCCGUGAUAUCAAUCCGCAUAUUCCGAUGUUCAUCUCGCAAAAUCCAUGGUACGUGCCGAGUGAAGGACCAACUCUGAAGCAUCAGCGGCCUCACGAAGAGCGCCAGAAAAAGAUGGCGACGAUUCACGAUUGGUAUCAAAAGGGAACAACUGGAAAGGCGGCGGUCAAGUUCCGAAAAGGAGCAUGUGAGAACUGCGGAGCCAUGGGGCAUCAGAAGAGAGACUGCUUCGACAGGCCGAGGAAGUCGAACGCAAAGUGAUCUGAUUUUCUCGUUUUCACAAAUUUAUGACCUUGUUUCAGAGAGACGAACACGAACAUUGCUGAGGACGAUUACAUUCAACCGAAGCUGGCUCUCGGAUUCGAUGCGAAACGAGAUCGUUGGAACGGUUAUGAUCCUUCCACUCACAAACAGGUCAUCGAGGACUACGAGCAUCUGGAAGAAGCCCGGAAAGUUGUGAAGGAGCAGCAGAUGAAGGAAGGAGAGAUAGAGCCGACGAUAGCAGCGGAUGGAGAGGAGAAAGACGAGGACAUGUACGCAGAGGACGCCGACAUGGCCGGAGUCUCUGUCGACAUGGACUCACGUACCAGAAUCACUGUCAGAAACCUCAGAAUUCGAGAGGACACUGCCAAAUAUCUGUAUAAUUUGGCUGAAAACUCACCGUAUUACGACCCAAAAUCUCGGUCGAUGCGUGAAAAUCCGUUCGCCGGAGUGGCAGGAAAAGAGCUGGAAGCAGCUCGAUUCUCCGGCGACAAUUUUGUGCGUUACUCGGGAGAAGUGACUCAGGCGAACGAGGCACAAGUGUUCGCGUGGCAGGCAACUCGUCGCGGUGUUUAUGCUCAUUCGAUUGCCGAGCCGACGAAAUUGGAAGCGCUGAAGAAAGAGUACGAAGAGCAGAAGACGAGCAUCAAGAACGAUACGCAGAAGGAGUUACUCGACAAGUACGGAGGAGGAGAGCACAUGGAGCGACCGGUGGAUGAGUUGCUUCUGGCGCAGACGGAGAGCUAUGUGGAGUACAAUCGGAAGGGAAAAGUUAUAAAGGGAAAGGAACGAGCAGCCAUCAGUUCCCGCUUCAAAGAAGACGUCUUCCCACAGAACCACACGGCUGUGUUCGGAAGUUUCUGGAGAGAAGGACGGUGGGGCUACAAGUGCUGUCAUCAAUUCGUGAAGAAUUCGUAUUGCACGGGAAAAGAGGGAAUCGAUGCGGAAGUCAGUGCGGCUAAGGGAGCGACGACGUCGAAUGAAGAAGUCUUCAAAGUUCCGAAACUGUUAGAAAAGACGGAGAUCAAGGAGGAAGAGGAAGAAAAAGUGAAGAAGGGGGGAGAGGAAAACAAGGACUCCUCCAUCUCUUCGUCAUCUUCCAGUGAAUCGGAAUCUGAUGGAGACAAAGAAAAAGAAGAAGACAAGGAGCGACAAGUCGAGAAGGAGAGAAGAGAACGGGAGCAGCGUCGACGCGACAAGAACCGUGAGAAGCGUGGCAGAAAGAAGGCCAAGUUGGGCAAGAGAAAGAGGCGUCAUCAUGACUCAGACGAGGAUCAGAAGUCGGCAAGCAGCGAUUCUGACUCAGAUUCCGACGAAGAGAUGCGCAAAGCUAUGAAGAAGGCGAAGCGAGAGAAGGCUGAAGGAUUGAAAGCCGCUAAAGAAGUGAGACUUUUCCAAACGUUUUAUAUUCCAACUGCAUCUCUUCAGGGUGACCGUAACCGGAAAUACAAUACGGAUUACACAAACACGGCUCCGACUGAGAAGGAGAUGGAGGCGUACCGCGUGACAAGCGUUCACUCUGCUGAUCCCAUGGCCGCCUACAUGAACGCUAAAUUCGAGAAGAAACACACAAAGUGA